AUGCCCGUCCUUAACUCCAACCGUAACCCUAAUUUCAAUGAUUUUGAGUCAUUCGUUCGUGUAAAACCCGCCUUCUUCAAGUACAAUCUCAGCUUACUCUCCCACCGCAAAGCUGUUGUCGUUUUCACCGACCCGGAGAUACGCAUCGCGGUUGGGCUUCCAUCGGACAGCGAAAAGGUCCUCUUCUUCGACGUAAAGCUCACGUUCGACGAUCAGGACUUUACUGAAGACUAUAACGGCGUUUCUCUACAGUAUGUUUUGGCCGGUAGUUUUCCUUUACUUGGUUCCAACAGACCUCAAACGGAGCUUUGUUUCCACAUCAUAAAGCCUGCUUAG